UUUCUCUAUCCCAGGUUAAUGUGGAUAGACAAUUAUAAGUCAGUCAUUUUUAGGUUGAUUUCUCUUAAAAGUGUAAACACUGUGGUUCUGUUGCACUUUCAAAACAUUGUUCUGUUCAUUUGAGCAUCCUGACCAGCCCAACAUAACAACACUGGAUUAACCAAUGGCAUGAGUUUGGGGCAGGACUAUCUGUUUUGAUGACCAAUAGAAGACUGGAGUGUUUGGCAAACCUAUUUGAAAACAAAUAUUAUUUUUGCAUUUCCAGUUGUUGCCACUAGUGGCACAGAAAAUAUACACUUCACCUUGGUCGUGUCUAGAAGGGAUCCCUCUCUUGUCAGUCUCGUGAGAUUCUUACAUGGCAUUAAUUUGAAGUCGCACCGCAACGAGGAGCACUCGUAAAAGAUUAUUUUAAAUUGUCUGUUGAUGAGCAAUUCAAGCUCUAAAAUAAAUAUUUCACAUAAAAAAAUUGAAAACUUUAGCUCUAUGUCUGCUACUUUCGGUCUUGAGAUAUUGUUGGUCACUGGAGAAGUACAUCAGUCAGCUCAGAUGUUGAGAGUCUGACUGGGUUGUCAAAUAGUAACAUAUUUGCCCCUUGUAUAAGAAGUCUUGGGUUCUAAUCCACUCAGAUGCAGCUUUAUAUUUUAAUAAACAAAGAUUGCAUCCGCACUUCAGUGGACGUAUAUUUUGAGUGGGGUCACGUUUGUUUGCAUUUUUCUUUGCGUUUGUCUUUAAUUUCUUUGUUUCCACCAGACUAUUUCAUUGCAAGUAGCUGCAUUAUGUGGCAGGUAUUUAUACUUAAUGCAAAUAGUCACUCUAUGAUGAUGAUAAUAAUAAUAAUAAAUAAUAAUAAUAAUGUUAUAUUAUUGAUAUUAUUGAAGUUUCUAAUGCUUUCCACCAUUAAUACAUAGAGAUGCGAGCAAAAAAGCGCAGGCAAAAGCAUCUUAACAGAAUGCGCAUGCGUGAGAAGUUGGUGAGAGAGGCAUACCUUCAAGACACGACCCUUCACCUUGGAUAUGUAGGUUAUCAGAGUCAACUGACUGGUUUAAAGAAUCUCACCCAUAUUCCAGCCAUCGGUUAGUGCUGAUUUUGUAUUGGUAGCUAAGCCUAGUGAAGUGAGCUCACAUUUAAAGUUGCUCACUUGAGUGAGAAAACUGUAGGAAACCACAGUUAAACUCUCAUUUAAUUUCCGUGCAUGCGUACUAGUUUGGUUUAUUUUGGUUUGCUCUGCUUUGCAUAAAAAUGGUUUUAUAUAUCUGGGAAAGUAUUCAACUUUGCCUAAUCCCUAAAUUUCUCUUAUAUUUACUGUUAAAGCAAAUUGAAGGAGCAUUUCCCAAGGCUAAAAUAACCUUUGUGCAGUGUAGCUUGCAGUCACUGAAGAAGUUGUGACAGGAAGGAAGGUUCUUGCAAAUGUACACCAUUGUAGCCCAUGAAAUAAGGCCCCCUCCCACUACUGCUUGUGCAGAUAUUUAAACAGAUUUAUGACACUCCUGGAAACAUCUCCGAAUUCUUCAUGAAAUGCGUGUGAUUGUGGGAAGGAGGUUCAAUCUCUAAUGGGAGACAAUUGUUUGAUGUUUUGUGUGUGUGUGUGUGUGUGUGUGUGUGUGUGUGUGUCAUUACUGCAUAAUAUAGUGUUUAUAACCUCUAUUUCGGUUUCAAAGUCUGAAUCUACUCAUGUGGUUUGGUGUGCAUUAAUGUGCUGCGGUGCUCUCCCUUGGUCAGUGGCAGCUUUCUCUUGCUGUUGUGGGUGGAAAAAGACAACUUGAGGCUUCCAACAGCUACAAAACGAUUGAAAUCCAUCUUCUAAGUAGUGCAAUCAGCCAAAGACACUGAUGUGCAUAACAUGCAACAUGCACUGAAUUUAUAUACAUAUUUUUGUAUAUAAUGAAUUUAUACAUAACACUCAUAUGAAUUAGGUUUGUGCAAAACUACCAGUUUUCAUUAUCAAAUUGUUGCUUGGUUGUUUUAACGAAUAGUCGACUAGUCUGUGUUAAGGAUAAUGAUGUACAGUAGACAGUAUAUAGGCUCCAAUAUGUUCACAUGACUCCAAUUAGAAGCCUUUUUAGAGGGAUAUACAAAGGUGCAGCACUUUAACAUGUUGGCUAAAACAUAUUCAACAAAUCAAUAGGCUAAAUAACUAAUAGCAUCUUUUUGCACAAAACUAUCAAAGCAAAAAAAUAAAAUAAGAAAAGUUCCAAUACAGAGCGGCACAAAACCGCUUCAUCGUAACCAGAGCGCUUCAGGACGAUCAUCACUGCGCAUUGAAAAGUGCACAUCUAGUUCACGACAUCAAGCAGUUUAAACCUUUUUUUACUGCAACUAUAAGAUAUAUCGGUCAACCAUUAAAUAAAAGGGACUUUAUUCCAUGACAAAUGGAUUGUGUGGAUCUCAUCUUUGGACACAUUACACGGAUUGUGUCUAAUGAAACUUUUACUUUCAUGCAGUGAAAGGAUCUCGGUCCUGAAGUUCUUCACCACUAUACUGCUCAAUCACAAGUGUGUGAAAUUUAAACAUUUAGCAGCCAGUGGCUAAUAACAGAAAUUUGGUCGCUUAUGCGAGUGAUUUCCUUGCAUUGUAGAGGGUUGCAAAUGGAGUAAAAGAUCGAUCUCAGAGAAACAAUAUUGAGAUCGUUUAAAUCCAAGGUGCAUCUCCACAGGGGGCUGCCAAAGCUUGUCAGGGGAAGCAUGGAGAAUGAUGAUAAAUUCACCAAGUAAAAUCAAAAGAUACAUAAAUACAAUAAAAAUGUAUUGUCAAGAUAAAUUAAAAUGAAUUUAUAGCUUAAUGGACCAUAGUUCAUCUUAAUAGACCGUAGCUUUAUGGCGUUAUAAUACUAUUAAAUGUCGUGAACGAAUGCAAACCAUGCGAGAGCGCAUCCAUGUACUGGUUGCGCGAGCGAUAAUUUCCUUCGUUCUCGCACAAAACUGAACGCACGCACUCAAAUAUAUGCUGCUCUAUGAAAUCUCCCUGCUCUGGCUCAUAGAGUGCGUGUGCACACUCAAAUGUCCUGGGCACUCGCAAAUCUAUUAUAAAGCCACAUAGCCCUUUCACUGUUCAUCCGUCACAACGUGUCCAUUGUUACGAGUUCAACGUGAUAUCGGGUCGAUGUGUCUUCAUGUGUUUGUGACAAGGGCAGUUUCACAUAGAAAUGAACAUUGGAUCAUGUGAUGCGAGUUCAUCACAAAUAUAGGCUAAAAAACAGUUAAGUAAUUCUAUUGUCAUAAGGGCAAACAUGUAUUUUUAAUAAAAGUAAUGCAGAAUACGGUUUCAUAUUAUUGAUAGAAAUAUUUAUAGCCAUUAAUCACACACUAGUGUAUGACGUAUGAUGAAGGCUUGAGUCAUAAAUACUACAUAGAUUAAAGUAUAUGUCUGGACACUCCAACCUACAAGGGCGCCAAGCAACACAAACAUUUGAAAAAGAUUGAAAUAAGAUUCAGAUCCUAACCUUAAGUAUUAAAUUUUGGUAUGCAACUCAUCCCAAAAUGUUGUGAUUUAUGAUUUUGCCUAGCAGAUGAUAAAAAACUUGAAAAUAUUCUAAAGACUUGCAUUGAAGGAGGGACUCGAGCUAUAUCUAGUUACCAGAAUAUUAUAGUGAUUUGGGUCAGUAAGAAACCUUACCAAGCCCUGGCAACAUCGUGCAAGUUUUGGAAUAUUUAAUCUAGAGAAAUAUAUAAUUUAUUCAAAAAUUGAUCUUAUAAUUUUUCAAAUUAGUUUUAGUGAAAAUAGCUUUGAUAAAGUUUUUCACGGGGUCAAGAUGAUCUUACUACAGGGCAACCAAUAAGAUCAUGGCAGACAUCUUCACUAAUGCAAGCCAGAUGUUGUCCAUGAUAGAUAGUUCCCUUCCCCCUACUGCUGUAGAAAUGUAAACAGUCCUGCCACACCCUUAGAAACACAUUGGAGAGCUCAUGGAAUUCUUGCAGUUUGGCAACGCAUGUGGUCCUGAUCAGUGUUUCUCUGCUAUAGCUCUCUAGCCUUUCAAAGAACUAAAUGUGCAUCUUUCUGUAAAUAAAAAAGAAUUAAAUAUAGCAGGCUGUCAUAACAGUUCAUGGUUGCUGUGUGGACUGUCUCACUCCGAUCUCAAGCAGUUUGGAUUUUUUUCCCCCUUAAAAUCUUUUAAAGAGUUUCUGCUGAACUUAUGCUGACAUUAUGCUGAACUCUGGAGCAAAGUGAAACACGUGAGUACAGUUACAUGUGGUUUUAAAACGGCUGUCUUGUUUUUCUGUAUGGCAUAGCAAGUUUUUUUUUUUUUCUGGGUGUUGCAUCUUUGUAAGAAUUAUCUUUGCACAUUGAAAUUUUUCACAAAUUUGUUAACAUUAUUUAGAUGUGUAUGAAAUCUAUGUACACUACCAUUUGACCGCAGUUAUGUUUCUCAUUAUCUAACAUUUUGAUCUAAAGUUUUAUGCUAUUAUGCUUGAAAGUAGUUUUAUUGACAAUUGUACAGUACAUUUUACAAUUAAUCUCUUUCACAAAACUGCGUUUUUUUUUUUGUUUUUUUUUAUCAAGUUGGAUGGUGAAGGAAAAGUGGCCAACAAGUCUUCAGCAUACUGUACAUGGGAACUCCUUCAAUACUGUUUAAAAAGCAUCUCAGGUGGAUUCCUUAUGAAGUCGAACAGAAGUUUAUGCGACUGAUCAUAGGCAAGAUCAUACGUCAUAUUUGGAUUGCACAUCUGGAACUUGUGAGCAAGCACUGGCCAGCUUUUUACAUGUAAUGAGCACCAUGGUUGAAGAAGAACUUUGUGUUAUAUAGCAGCAUAUGCCUAUGUCUGAUUCUCCAUUACGGUUCUACAAUCACAACAGUUGACAUGAAUAAAGUAGUGUCGUGGUCGGGGGAGGAAGUUUCUCUUUGGCUUAAGGAUCAGGGGUUGCAGGAGUACUCGGAACCUUUGCAGAACUGCGAUGGACCGGCUUUGUUAAAUCUUACUACUGAUGAUUUCAAGAGACCACCACUUUCCAGGGUCACAUCGGAUGGUGGGAGGCAGCUCCUGGACAAAGUUGAGACUCUUAAAAUCGUGCAUCACAUUGACGUGCACAAGAACGGACAUGCCAAUGGGAUCUUGAAUCAUGACGGGAAUGCUGGGAGUGCUGGCAAGGCUCAUCGGAAUGGCAUGGUGAAUGGCUUCCAUAAGGAACUGGUGCAGAUUCCCAUACCAGAACCAGCUUCUCCACAGUUCCCAACAGAAUGGGGAAAGACUGCCAUGGCCUUCGUUUAUGCCUUAUGCUGCUUCAUCUUUACCACCAUCAUCAUUUCUGUUGUCCAUGAACGUGUGCCUCCUAAGGAGGCAACUCCACCACUCCCAGACAAGUUCUUUGACUUUUUUGACCGAGUGGAGUGGGCUUUCUCUAUAUGUGAGGUUAAUGGAAUGAUUCUCAUGGUCUUGUGGAUUAUACAGUGGAGUCUCUUAAAACAUAAAUCUAUUAUUAUUCGACGGUUCUUUUUCAUAGUCGGGACACUCUACCUCUACAGAUGCAUCACAAUGUACAUCACUACUCUGCCAGUGCCUGGUAUGCACUUCAAAUGCUCUCCCAAGCUGUAUGGCGACUGGGAAUCUCAGAUGCGGCGGGUGAUGAAAAUGAUCGCAGGAGGCGGUUUGACCAUCACUGGCUCUCAUAACAUGUGCGGAGACUACCUAUACAGUGGCCAUACUGUCAUGCUCACCAUCAUGUAUCUCUUCACGAAAGAGUAUUCUCCUAGAAGGUUCUGGUGGUACCAUUGGGGCUGCUGGGUUCUCUGUGCAAUAGGAGUCUUUUGCAUUCUACUUGCUCAUGACCACUACACCAUUGAUGUUGUUGUGGCCUACUUCAUUACCACACGCCUCUUUUGGUGGUAUCACACUAUGGCCAACCAACAAGCACUCAAAGUAACAUCCCAGACCAAUUAUUUCACCCACGUGUGGUGGUACAGAUUUUUCCAGUACCUGGAAAAGAAUGUUCCUGCCUUCGUACCUCGUAGCUAUCAGAAGCCCUUCUCAUGGCGAUUGCUGAAGUGGGGUCACGUGAAGUACACGCGGAUAGACUCAGACUGACCAGGAACAUGCAAUCCCUCCAAGUCCAUGUGGACGUUGGUCUCCAAAACGUGCGCCUGAAGUGCCAGAACACAAAAAUCUGAAGUUGGCCUGAAAUUGGAACUAAACCCUUUAACACUCUGCUAUGAGUCUCCGUCUAACAGACUAGUCAUCCAAAGCAUCUCAUUCCUCACUGGAUUUAUUUUUGGACCUUGGAUGUAAAGCUUAUCAUAUACAGUUUGUAUAGGGCUAAGUUUAAAGGAAUGGUUCUUACUAAACUAAUAUUGUUUUGCAGUUUACUCAUAUUGUUCCAGACCUGUAUGAAUUAUUUUCAGUACAUAUGCAUUGAGUGGGAACUGAAGCUUUCAAGUUUCAAAAAGGACACAAAGCACCAUUAAAGUAGCCUAUCUUUAGCUAUAAUAUGUAUUCAGAAUACCUGGAAUAUAGCACAAUUUUAUAAUAUGAUAUUUUAUGCUGCUUUUUUGCCAUUCUGGAGCUUGAUGGCUUAAGUCCUCAUUCAUUUUCAUUAUGUGAAAAAGAGCUGUCUGGAUAUUCUCUUAAAAAUUCACCAUUUGUGUUCCAUGGAAAAAGUAACAUGGUUUGAAACGACAUGACGAUGAGUAAAUAAUGACAGAAUUUAAACUUUUGGGUGAACUAUUCCAUUUGCUUUAGGAUAAUGGUUUACAUGAAACCAAGCCAAACACAGCUAGUGAUGAUAGGCAAGUUAUGUUGUUCUCUCUGGUUGUGCAGUUGGGCUCACAUUUGUCCAGAUCAUCAUCCUGCAUCGCACAACAGGCCCCAAAGAAGUGAAUCGCACCAACAAAUGCACAUUCAUAUUCAAGACUGCAAGAGCCAGCUAGCUAAAUGCCAAGUUAUUGACUUGACUAUGUGUAACCUAAUUAUGUUUGCCCCUGUUUACAGGCAGAAAGCCAUCUUUUCAAAAUGUUUUUUUUUUUUUUUUUU